CAAACAAAACCUGAACUGAUUAACACAUAAAAGCGAUGACAGCGCCUCUCCCUGGGAAGGUUUCAAUUUGUUCUUGUAAACCUGACCUCUGUAUGCGCUGUCAUUUAUUUCAGCAGAAAUGCGCUAACUAGCUGAAUACCAUAGACAAGGUGCCGCGGCGAUUUCCUCAGACGCGAGCCCGGUUCCAUCUGCCGCGCGCCGGGCCGAGCGUGCGUGACUUUACUCAAUAAUGGAGCCCUUAGCCAUAGUCAACACCUUGUACAACAAAGUCCCAACAGACGUCAACGGCGGACCGGACGUGCCCGGGCCGGGCACAUCCUGCGUAGCCCAACCCCACCCCGAGCCUGUGCACCUGGAUGAGGCCGACGCGGCCUGGCAGCCCUAUGAAUGCGCAUACACGGAGACAGUGGUGCCCCUGGCCAGGUCCAUGCCCCACAAGUUCUACAAGUGGCGCUGGAUGGCGCUCAACCCCUUCCACCGCCGCAUUGGCGUGUUACCGCUGGUCGGGCCCGUCACGUGGGGCGAGCUCAUCGUGCUGCUGGCGGCGCUGGCCGUGGCGGCUGGCUGGGCGGCGGGGCAGUGGGGAGACGUUGGCGCGGGCAACGUGGCGGUGACGUUCCUCAUCAUCGCCUAUGUGCUGGCCACCCGCAACAAUGCCGUCACCUUCUUGCUGGGGCUGUCGCAUGAGCGGGCCAUCGCCUGGCACGGCCUGGCGGCGGCGGCGGCGGUGGGGCUGGCGCUGUACCACGGACUCAUUGAGGAGUAUGUGGACCCGGGCAAGCGCGGCAAGGAGCGCGCGGAGCACAAAUUCUACUUUGUCACUGGCUGGAUCGGCUUUGGGCUGAUGGCGGCGCUGGUGGGGACCUCGGCCAGCCGCGUCCUGCGGCAGUACCUUUGGAACACGUGGCAGGUGCUGCACUGGGCCUUCCUGCUCGCCGUUGUGUUUGUGGUGACCCUGCACAGCGCCACCACUGUGCUCUUCGGAGCGGCGGCCUGGGCCCUGGACCUGCUGCUGCGCUGGUGGUACCAGGCAGGUCUUCGGAACCCGCACAUGGUGGAGAUUGUGGCGCUGCCGGCGGAUGUGGUGCGCGUGUCGUGGGACCCGUCUAAGUUUGACUACGCAGGCGGGCAGUACGUCUUCCUGAACAUCCCUGCCAUAUCCUGGGCGGAGUUCCACCCCUUCAGCCUGAGCAGCGCCCCGGGGCACACCCAGGUGCACCUGCACGUGCGCGUGCUGGGCGACUGGACGCGGCGCCUGCACACCCUUGCCAGCAAGGACGUGACUCCCGGCCAACCCAAAAUGGUCAAGGCCUUCAUCGAAGGCCCGUUCGGCUCUCCCUCCAUUGAUUUGUACGGUGAGCGCUUUAAGGCCUUCCUGCUGAUCAGCGGCGGCAUUGGCGUGACGCCCGUGCAGUCGUUCUUCAACCACCUCAUGGCGCAGCGCACGCGCGGCCGGCCCGUGCGCCUGGCGCACCUGGUGUGGAGCGUGCGCGACAGGGCGCUCAUGUCCAACGUGUUAGGGUUUGAUGACGUUUAUGCCGCCAAGCGGUUACCCGCCAGCCUGCCGCUGUCCUUCCAGCCCGACCUCAUCUCGCCCAACCUCUACCAAGAAGGCGCCUGCCUCGCGGCAGAGCCGGCGCCCUACGCGCCGCCCACACCUUCUUCCGCAACCUCAGCUGCUGCCGCGGCCGUUGGCGGCGGUGCGCUCGCGCCGAUGGCCAAGGUGGCCUCGACGUCCGCAUUGGCAGAUUUGGAGCGGGCAGACGCCGUGCUGGGGCACGGCGUGGCGGGACCGGCGGGAAGUGACGACUUCAUAGCAACGGAGUUCUAUCUAACACAGGCCCGGGACAACGACCGCACAAAGGCCAACAUCAGGCCGGAGCUGCAGCCGGCGCUGCGCCUGGGCCGCCCCGACCUGCCGCAGCUGUUCAUGGACACGGCGCGGCGGGCGGAGAGCCUGCGGGAGCGGGAGGUGGCAGUGUUCGUGUGCGGGCCGCAUCAAAUGGUCCGUGAGGCGCAGGCGCUGGCGGCCGCCAUCUCUAAGCCGCGCGGCGGCGUUGUGUUCCACGUACACGCAGAGGUGUUUGAGUUUUAGUGGAAGGAACUGCUGGAGAAGGCUUCGAUCUUAUUUAUAUUAUUUUCGGGCUGAGCGAUCAAGGGAGCCGAAGCACCCUAGGAUUGCCCCUGUCCGUGCGUGCGUGCGUGCGUGAGUGCACCUGCAAAUAGCACAAAAAAAAUAGUAUAAUGCGGUUCUAGGACAGCUCCGACUAACCCCCAACUAACUCGUGUACGGCACCCCCAUCCCCCUCAGCCGUACAGGAGUUGAUUUGGGAGUCGGCAGCUGCGCGAGUGUGAGCAGGUAGUUGUACGGCGGCCCGGCUCGGAAGCGUAGUGACGCACACGGGCAGUUGGCGGUAGUCGGCAGGCGCGCGAGUGGGAGGUGGCCGUUGAGCGCGCACGCGUGUGGGAAGCUGCGGCAGAGCACGGUGGAGCACGGCGGAAGCUGGCGGUUGGCGCGGUGUGCGAGUGGGAAUGCACACUCGCGCGCGCGCCGUUUGGGAAGGUGCAUGUGUGAGUUUGCAUGUAAACUCAGAGAGAC